AUGUCUGGAGAUACACGCUUCUCCGUUUUCCCUGACCACACGCCGAGGACGGCCCAGGCCCGCGCCUCCUUCAAUGAUGUCCGCCGUCAGCUUCGAAUGAUCCCGGGGAUCCGAUUCGGACUGUUUUACCCAAAUCGACUCCGGGUUACACAUAAUGGUAAGGAGACUGUAUUUAAUUCACCAGAAGAGGCCGGGGCUUUCAUCAGGUCUCUCAAGACACGUGAGAACAUUGCAGAAGCACAUAACUCUGAAUAA